AAAGUUUGGUCGAGGGAGUUCUUGUCAGCUGAAACUCGCGGAAGCCUCAGGUGCGCUGCCGGAUCCAGGCUUCCGCGGCCAGGGGGCAUCAGGAUGAAGAGGAGAUAGCUUUUGGUAGCCUGUCGCUUUCUGGACUACAUCUCCCAGAGGCCUCUAGGCCUAGUGCUCCUUCCCGCGAGAACUAGACCUUCUCCUGAGGAGUGGACGGGAUUUUCUGACGGGUUGGGGCAAACGGCCUCAGGGUGCUGUGCGAGGUGCUGGACUCUAUUUGUUUCAAGUAGAGUGGAGCGGUGCUGACCAGACCGGAGGAGUCGUAGAGUCUUCCAGAGUGGAGCAAAGAAUGGCUGUUGAACAUCCACAAGGCACCUGCAAGACUGUGAAUCAAUGUUGAGACCAAGAAUUAUUUCUGAAAAAGGAUAUUUAUGGAAUAGAAUCAUCCUGAUGGGAGAUAAUGGAAAGACUUAUAAAAAACAGCAUUGAGUGUUCAAGUUUCAGAGGUGAUUGGGAAUGUAAAAGCCAGUUUGAGAGAAAACAGGAAUCUCAGGAAGGACAUUUCAGUCAAAUGAUAUUUACUCCUGAAGACAUACCCACUUUCAAUAUCCAGCAUCAGAAAAUUCAUACUGAUGAGAAACUCCUUGAAUGUAAGGAAUGUGGGAAGGAUUUUAGUUUUGUAUCAGUCCUUAUUCGACAUCAGCGAAUUCAUACUGGUGAGAAACCUUAUGAAUGUAAAGAAUGUGGCAAGGCCUUUGGUAGUGGUGCAAACCUUGCUUACCAUCAAAGAAUUCAUACGGGUGAAAAACCUUAUGAAUGUAAUGAAUGUGGGAAGGCCUUUGGUAGUGGCUCAAACCUUACUCACCAUCAGCGAAUUCACACUGGUGAGAAACCAUAUGAAUGUAAGGAAUGCGGGAAAGCCUUUAGUUUUGGAUCAGGCCUUAUUCGACAUCAGAUAAUUCACAGUGGUGAAAAGCCUUAUGAGUGUAAGGAAUGUGGGAAGUCCUUUAGUUUUGAAUCAGCCCUUACUCGGCAUCACAGAAUUCACACAGGUGAGAAACCUUAUGAAUGUAAGGAUUGUGGGAAAGCCUUUGGCAGUGGUUCAAACCUUACUCAGCAUCGAAGAAUUCAUACUGGUGAGAAACCUUAUGAAUGUAAAGCAUGUGGAAUGGCCUUUAGUAGUGGUUCAGCUCUUACGCGGCAUCAAAGAAUUCAUACUGGUGAGAAACCAUAUAUAUGUAACAAAUGUGGGAAGGCUUUUAGUUUUGGAUCAGCCCUUACUCGACAUCAAAGAAUUCAUACCGGUGAGAAACCUUAUGUGUGUAAGGAAUGUGGGAAGGCUUUCAAUAGUGGCUCGGAUCUCACUCAACAUCAGAGAAUUCACACUGGUGAGAAACCCUAUGAGUGUAAGGAAUGUGAGAAAGCCUUUAGAAGUGGUUCAAAACUUAUUCAACAUCAAAGAAUGCACACUGGUGAGAAACCCUAUGAGUGUAAGGAAUGUGGGAAGGCCUUUAGUAGUGGUUCAGACCUCACUCAACAUCAGAGAAUUCAUACUGGUGAGAAACCCUAUGAAUGUAAGGAAUGUGGGAAGGCUUUUGCUAGUGGCUCAAAACUUAUUCAACACCAGCUAAUUCACACAGGUGAAAAACCCUAUGAAUGUAAAGAAUGUAGAAAGUCCUUUAGUAGUGGUUCAGCCCUUAAUCGGCACCAGAGGAUACACACUGGUCAGAAACCCUAUGAAUGUAAGGAAUGUGGGAAGACUUUUGGUACUGGCUUGAGCCGUACUCAACAUCAGAGAAUACAUAUUGGUGAGAAACUUUAUGAAUGUAAGGGCUGUGGGAAGGCUUUGGAGAGGGGUUCAGAAAUUCAGCAACAACAGAGAAUUCAUUCUACUGAGAAAUUCUAUGAAUGUAAAGCGUGCAGAAAAUAUUUUAUCCCUGGCUUUCAACAGACUGAACAUCAGAAAAAUCAUUCUGAUGAAAAAUUCUAUGAAUGUAAAGAAUGUGGAAAGGCCUUUAUUUGGGACUCACAACUUACUUACCAUCAGAGAGUUCAUGUUGCUAAGAAACCCUAUGAAUGUAAGGAAUGUAGAAAAGCUUUUAUCUGUGCCUCGCAACUUAUUUGUCAUCAAAGAAUUCAUACUGGAGAGAAACCUUAUGAAUGUAAAGAGUGUGGGAAGGCCUUUAUUCGUAGCUCUCAUCUUACUCAACAUCAAAUAAUUCAUACUGGUGAAAGACCCUAUGAAUGUAAUGCAUGUGGGAAGGCCUUUUUUCGUGGCUCACAACUUACUUACCAUCAGAGAGUUCAUACUGCAGAGAAACCCUAUCAAUGUAAGGAAUGUGGAAAGGCCUUUAUUCGUGGCUCUCAACUUACUGAACAUCAGAGAAUUCAUACUGGUGAGAAACCCUAUGAAUGUAAGAAAUGUGGGAAAGCCUUUAGUUAUGGUUCACAGCUUACUCUACAUUAUAGACUCCAUACUGGUGAAAAGCCUUAUAAAUGUAAAGAUUGUGAGAUGUCCUUUAUUCGUGGCUCACAACUUACUGAACAUCAGAGGAUCCAUACAGGUAAGAAACCACACGAAUGUAAACAGUGUGGAAAGGCCUUUAACUAUGGCUCACAGCUUAUUCGACAUCAGAGGAUUCAUACUGGCGAGAAACCAUAUGAAUGUCAAGAAUGUGGGAAAUCAUUUAUUCGUGGCUCACAACUUACUGAACAUCAAAAAAUUCACACUGGUGAAAAACCCUUUGAAUGUAAGGAAUGUAGGAAAGCCUUUAUUCGUGGCUCACAUCUUACUCAGCAUCAGAGAAUUCAUACUGGUGAAAAGCCCUAUGAAUGUAAAGAAUGUGGAAAGGCCUUUAUUUAUGGCUCACAACUGUCUCAACAUCAGAAAAUUCAUACAGGUGAGAAUCCCUAUGAAUGUAAGCAGUGUGGGAAGAUCUUCAUUUGUGCCUCACAACUUAAUCUACAUCAGAUUUUUCAUACUGGUAGGAAACCAUAUGAAUGUAAGGAAUGUGGUAAGACUUUUAUUCGUAGCUCACAGCUAACUUACCAUCAGAGAGUUCAUACUGGUGAGAAGCCCUAUGAAUGUAAUGAAUGUGGGAAGGCCUUUAUUCGCGGUUCACAUCUGACUCAGCAUCAGAGAAUUCAUACUGGUGAGAAACCAUACAAAUGUAACGAAUGUGGAAAGGCCUUUAAUCGUGGAUCACAACUUACUCAACAUCAGAGAAUUCAUUCUGGCGAGAAGCCUUAUAAAUGUAAUGCAUGUGGUAAGGACUUUAGACGUCAUUCACACCUUACUCAACAUCAGAAACUUCAUAAUGGAGAAAAACUGUAUGAAAAAAUUAAUUUAGUAAAUCCUUUACCUGUUUGUCCAUGACAUUCACCUUUGGGAUAUCAGAAAAUUCAGAUUAUGAAUGUGAGAAUCCUUUUUUACUUAAACUCAUAAGUAACUCACCUUCAGAGAAUUCACAUUUAAGAAAGGCUAGAUUAAUAUAAGUGCAGAAUUACUUUCCAUCAUAUUUCAAUCCUAGUUAGACAUUAGUGAAUUCAUAUGAGAGCUCAACCCUAAAAUGUAGGGUUCUCUUGUACAGUAUCACCUGAGCUCCACCAUUUAGUAUGUGGGUGUUCCUUUGCAAAAGUUACUUAACCCCUGUUUGUUUUAGUUUCCAUUAAUAUCACAUAUUUCAUCAUAGUGUUCUGCAAUUUAAAGAAGUAAAUACAUAUACCGUAAAGCCUUAAAGCAAUGUGUGCUACAUAGUUAAUGCUUAAUAAAUGUUAACUAUUAUUGUAAAUGUUACUUUUAUUUAGUGUUUUAAUCAUUACUUUUAAUCUUACUUUACAGAAUUCAAAUGAGAAGGAAACUUUACAAAUACAGUACAUAUGGUAAAUCUUUCAUCACUCUUACUAAGCCUCAGGUAAAUCAUUUUGGAACAAAACAUUCUAAUAUUAUUAAUGUGAGGUUAUACCUGAUUCUGAAUCAAAAUUCUUACUAAAAGGAAACCCUAAGGGGAAAAAAGUGUUUUGCCCUUACAAAUAAAGCUGCUUGUGAACAUGUUUGUAUAAAUUUGUGCGUGAACAUAAACUUCCAUUUCUCUGGUCUAAAGUUUAAGAGAGUAGUUUCUGGGUUAAAUAGUAAAUGAACGUUUCUCUUAUAAGAAAUGGACAAAUCAUUUUCCAAAGUGGCUUUUCCAUUUUAUAUUCACACCAGGAACAUGAGUGACAGUUUCUCUGUAUCUCUACCAGCAUUUGGUUUUUUCACCAUUUUUUAAUCUUAGCCAUUCUGAUAGGUGUGUAAUGAUAUCUCUUUGUGGUUAUAAUUUCCAUUUCCCUAGGGGCUAAUGAUGGUGUGCUUAUUUGCCAUCCCUGUAUCCAUUGUGGUGAAAUGAC